AUUAGAGUUCGGCAACUCGCCGCCAUGGCGGUGCGCCGAAAACCCUCCAACGAAAAUGAAACCGCGGUGAGUUCAUAAAAAGGCCAGAGGAGGAGGAGGAGGGUUGCGUGGAGUGGGACUCUCUGAAGAGGAAGGGAGGUGUUGGUUCGCCGCAUAAAGACGAGAUGGCGAAUCCGAUGGGCAGGACCCUCCUGGGCUCUCUUCUUCGACCUUCUUCUCGCGGUGGCACGACCAUUCCUGCUGCUUCUCUCUUCUCUUCUUCUUCUUCUUCUUCUUCUUCUUCUUCUUCUUCACUAGCCUUGUUAUCUGCGAGAAGGCUUUCCUCCUCCUCAGCUAGCAACUUCCGUAGCGUCCUGGGCUCCGUCCAUCUCUCCUCAAGAGCCAGCUCAUGCCUGUUCCCUUCUUACCUUCCUCGUCUGCUGUUGAGCACCAGGACCUCUUCCUCUGACGAUGCCGAGGAUCUUGACGAGGCCCCACUUCCUGAUGAAGUGGAAGAAGAUGGAGAACUUACUGAUGAGUGGGAAGAGGAGGAGGAGGCUGAGCCAAAGCUUGGUGAUGGGGCCGAUGGUGGUGGAAUUGUCUUGCAAAAUGUACUAUGGGGAGAGCAUGCUCUUUCCAUUGCCCGAGAGGUAUUGUCACAUUUUGGUGAUGACAUGAAGCUCUAUGCCUUCAAGACUACUCCUCGCGGAUAUAUCUAUGUGAGAAUUGACAAAAUGUCUAACAAAUAUGGAUGUCCCAGCAUGGAGGAGAUCGAAAGCUUUAGUCAAGAAUACAAGAAGAGACUAGAUGAAGAUGGGGCACUUGACAAAAUUCCUGACAAUUUGGCUCUGGAGGUAUCAUCUCCCGGUGCAGAAAGGUUACUGAAGGUGCCAGAUGACUUGUAUCGAUUCCGUGAUAUGCCGAUGAAUAUAUGCUAUGUCGAAGAUGAAGAGCCUCAUUGCCAAGAAAAACAUGGAGUUUUCUUCCUGGACUCUGUUGACAUGGAUUCAGAAACUUGUAUAUGGAGGUUGGCUGAUGUCAAGGAAAACAGGGACCCGCAGAGCAAAGGUAGAGCUUUAAGCCGUAAGCAGAAAGACUGGAGAUUAAAGCUUCCAUAUGCAAUGAGCAGAAGCGUGACCCUUUAUCUUGAUUUUUGAUUUUGACAGCUGCCUAGACAUUUUCUUCUUGUAUAAUCUGAGUAGUUUACUAGCUUUCAUGGAAGAUGUUGAGGACAAAACAUUUUACACUUUUUUGGGCGCCUCAUCUCUUUUAGUAGAAGAUCUCGGGAAAAUAAGUAUGUAACGGGAAAUUCUUGGCUCAAACCCUCUGCUCUAGCGGUAUUAACUUGGAAAAUUGGAGUAUGAAACUAAUGGAAAGCAUGAUACAGGCUCGUGGAAUCGUGUUAA